CAGCACGCAAAUUUAGUUACAAAAAACUGAUAAACGUGGAAAGGAGUGUAAUUAUUACAAAAAUAUAUUAAUUUAAACUGAAAAUUAAUAACAAUAAAAGGUUUAUUUAAACAUUUGUAUACACGUUUCUGAAAUAAGUAAAAUAAUUGAAUUAAAUAUCAUCAAAAGAAAGCACAAACAUCUAAAAAAAAUCUACAAAGUGAUAAUAUUUGUCGGACUUCGAAAGAGGCGGACAUUUUAUUAAAAUAAAGAAGCACGAUUUAUAUACAAAAUAAUUAACUAAACAAAUUCAAUAAGAAAUAAAAAAUUUUGUUAAAAAAGAAAAACUUACAAGAUUGUCUAAUUAUCUUGAAUUGUUUUUACUUUUACAUCUUUUGUUAUUGAUUGCUUCGCCAGUGGCUUUCCAACUGUAAUUUUUAUUCAACACCAGCCGUUUUCGAAAAGAAGAAGCAUUUGUUUACCUUUUUAAUAAAACUCACCACAACAGCUGUUUAAUAAAUCGGCUUUUAAGUAAACAAAACAAAAAAAUAUAAUUUUAAUUUAUAUUAAAAAGAGCUAGAGAAUUCUCAUUCAAAUAUGAUGUCCGCUCCGGAAAUAGCUUCUACCACUACACCGCCCCUGCAGACCUCCGACAGACGUUGUGAAAAUCCCGACUGUAAUGUCAACAAACUUACAGCCAUGGUGCCAAAACGCAAAACCACACAAUUCGUGGCCGAUCCCACGAUAAUGGAUAAACCAAUGUUGGUUAAUGGUUUCACGGCAGUUUUUCAGGUUGACGGUAGUUCUGGCCGUCUAAUGGACAUAAAAAAUCCCAGUGGUGAAGGACAGCCAAAAACCAUCUAUCGCAUAAUACCUAAUUCACAUGUUCAUGUAGUAAACUAUGUGGUGGUGGAUACCGAUGAAACAUACCUAAGGAAAAUAACCGAAAAUGAUCCGGCCACUAUGCAGAAAUUGUUGACUUCACAAAAGGAAAGUGCCGAUCAAAUGUUAAAGAAAAUCAUGUCUGGCCAAGGUUCCUCUGCUACGGCGGCUAUGACCACAGUAGUAUCAACUAUAAAUAAUAGUAAUACAAACAUAACACCUCAACAAGCUACAGCAAAUGCUGCUACCAGUCCGGCAGUGCCUACAGUGAUGGGCCAAACAGCAGCACAAAAAAAUUCUAUAAACUUACCUUUAAGAAUGCAUCCCAAUUUGAAAAUAACUGCAGUAGCAAGUGGAGAGGGUGUUAGUACUGCGCCUACAUUGUCUUCAAAUGUGACAUCAACUACACAGACAGCUAAUUUUAUAACACCGGUACCUUUAACCAAUUUACAAACUGCUGCUACGGUUGUAGGAGCUCCUUCAACUAUAAAUCCUCCUACCACUGACUCUGUAGACAAGCCAACUUAUGACAAAAUGCAGGAGGAGAUCAAUGAUUUAAGACGUACCGUUGCUAUGCUCGCUGAAGCUCAAGCUAAAAACCAACAACAGCCAGGUUCCUCCAAAAAUGCUAAACGUCCCCGAUCAACUAUACCCAAAUAGACUACUACUACUACUUCUAUCAUUUAUUUUUCGAUUUUUAAGUAUUUUUUUAUUAUAAUUCUUUCAAAGAUUUCUUGAGUAUGCUUAUUUUUAUAUGUAUGUACAUGCAAAUGUUAAACAUUUAUGUAAAAUUAUUAAUAUUUUAUACUUUAAGAAUAUUUUUAAUAAUAUUCCAUUGCAGUUUUUAUGUACAUACAAUACUAAAUUUUAUUAAAAAAGAAUUUAGAUUUUUUUAUAAAUAAAUAAUAAAUUUGAUUUCUUUUGAUAAAAUUCA